AUGUCUGCGAAAGACUCUGGGAACUCUGGUGGGGGGGAGGCCGGCCCAACUCACGAGGAGCUUAGGACGGCCAUCGACGACGCCGUGGGCGACGCUAGCACCGGACUGGAGAAGAUGGUGACGGAGAAAUUGGAGGGCAUCAUGGACGCCUUGUCCCGUUUAGUGCCCGGGACACCGCCCGUCGGAAGUGCGACCGCAGCGGACGGCGGGGGGGAGUCACUGGGGAGGAUGCACGCCUUCCCUGGCGCGGGUCAGUUGGACCACGCGCCGAAUACCGGACGAGGGCUCGAGGGAGCGAGAGGACUGCGAGGCCCGGAAUCACGAGAGCCUACACCAUACGGUGCUACCUCGCGAGAAGGAGUCAGCAGAAAGAAGCAAGCUUCACGGUAUGCUUUCAGCUCGCAUGUCCGGAUACAACGUCUUAAACAGUUGGACGUCAUCGGAGAUGAAAAGAACCGGCUGAUGUUUCCAUUACGCAGGUGCAGAGUUGUGAAUGGGUCGUGCCUUGAGUGACAGCAGAGACAUUGUGGUCCUAGGCAUAGACGAUGAUGGCAUGGUAGAGCAGGGGGUGGAAGUAGGGGAGAUGGCCACGUACAUACCGGGAUCUGUGGGGGAUGCUGACCCGAGGUAUCUUCAACAACUCCACAAAAAUGCUCGUAUUUUCACGGUUCCCCGAUGCGCUUUCCCCGAAAUCUGAGAUUUAAAAGCAGCAGCUGCUCGCCCAGAAAACACUCGAUGAAGAAGAGAUUUUGAGAGUGCUNCCAUUACGCAGGUGCAGAGUUGUGAAUGGGUCGUGCCUUGAGUGACAGCAGAGACAUUGUGGUCCUAGGCAUAGACGAUGAUGGCAUGGUAGAGCAGGGGGUGGAAGUAGGGGAGAUGGCCACGUACAUACCGGGAUCUGUGGGGGAUGCUGACCCGAGGUAUCUUCAACAACUCCACAAAAAUGCUCGUAUUUUCACGGUUCCCCGAUGCGCUUUCCCCGAAAUCUGAGAUUUAAAAGCAGCAGCUGCUCGCCCAGAAAACACUCGAUGAAGAAGAGAUUUUGAGAGUGCUUCGCUCACGGGCUGGGCAACUGCAAGCGAAGGAAAAGAAGGGGAAGAGUGAUCGGCGAGCGAAUCAUCAUGCGUUCGUAGCAGUAGAGGGGAACGGGAGAGGGAAGAGACCGUCGAAAAAGAACCGAGGUGACGAAGAGGCGAACUUGGCCAGCG